AUGACUCAAGCAUCAUCACAACAAUCAUUACCACCCCGAACACCACACUCUUCCAAAACGGCAUAUACAUUGCCUUCUUCUUGUAAUAGUACCAGCAUGAGGCAAGUCAUGACCAAACAACAAGGACAAGCACGACCAGCACAGCAGUUGCUUAACAGAAAUCAUUGUGCUCAUGGGCCGAAUGCUACGAGUCCUCGGUCUCCCGCUUGUACAUCCCCACUCGAAUUUCAGUCUUUAUACUCUCCAACAACAGCAACAACAAUUGUAGUGAAGAGAGCUUUCCCUAUGGUUCAACCUGAUGAAUCGGGAAAGCCUCCAACGGUUGCGUCUGGUGGUACGGAAACUGCUACGGGUCAAUCAUCUAUGACCAGUAGCGGUCAUGCUAUCGGAAAGAAUGCAAAUUGUGGAUGUUUUCCAACAAUCGUUUCCUCUUCUUCCAACACUCUAACUGUUAACUCCUCCAUUAAUCCAAAUCGGGUAAAUUCUGCUCACCAUGAAGAAGAUGCAUUUUCUUUAAACAUCCAUAAGGAUACAACAUCAUACAUAUAUUUUGAAGGAGAAGAGGAAGAAGAAUCUGAGAGCACAAGCUCCUUUGACGAAAACGAUUCAGAAUUUUCAGAAGAGGAGGAAGAUGAUGAGGAAGAAGAGGAUGAAAAUGACCACAAUUUACCUUUUUGGUUUGGAGUGGAGGAGGAGGAUCACAUUUCUGAGGUCAUUAAGCGUUACAGCUCUUUCCUCAAAUUGAAUGCAAACAGAGGAGCUAACAGUAGACUUCCCGUUCAAUUUGUUGGUAAGAUACAACGUUCAGUAAUGUCCUUAAUAUUCAAUGAGGAUAGAGAGGUGGAAGUCUUGAAAACGUUUGAUGAGGUCCAUAUCUAUGAAAAAUCUUCCUCUCUCAUGUAUGGCGCUGUUCAUCCAAAAGUUAAAGAGGUUUUCCUUGAAACUGAAUAUGAUUGGCAAGGAAUUCCAACAAAAUUUGUAAAAAAGAAGACUAGCGAAAAACCAGACGAUCUCGAUGAAAGAUAUUGCGGUUGGCUGUUUUGCUAUCCAAUAUACGCCUCAGAUAAAUUUGGUUAUGAAUCAGUAUUGGGAGAUGAAGAGAUUGACAAAAGAAAAGAUAUUGGAUAUUGUGACUUGUAUAAUAGGUGUCUUCAACGACUCUCAAUAUCAAAAGCAAAGGAAUGCGUUGGAAGUCCAGAACAAAGCCAAUUUUAUUACUCACCCUCCAUGAAUAAUGAUGACAACAACUCAGAUAACGAUGACGACGAAAAUGAAAAUAGUGACAACGAUGAUUUAGAUCAUUUACCAAGCUAUAUGAAAGAAUUGAUUCCACAUUUAUCAGGCUCAGGGCCCUUAGAAGUUGAUAGAUGUUAUGGCUACUUUGACGACGACAAGUAA